UCGGAGCACCGGGCACCCAAGACAUCAUGAGUUGGUCCCUGCACCCGUGGAGUUUCAAUCUCCUCCUCUGCACUGUUUCAUUGCUGUCUUCAAAAUGCCAGGCCUAUGUGGCUACCAAAGACAACUGCUGCAUCUUAGACCAAAGAUUUGGUAGUUUUUGCCCAACCACCUGUGGCAUUGCAGAUUUCAUGUCUAAUUACCAAUCGUCUGUGCACCGGGAUCUCGAGACGUUGGAACGCAUGUUAGAUCAAGUGGAAAACAGGUCAUCCGAAGCCAAAGAACUGAUCAGAGAGAUCAAAAGCAGCUAUAAUCCAAAUGAGCCCUCAGCACCAAAUAAGAUAGAGAGUGCUACUCAGCAAUCCAAGAAAAUGGUGGAAGAAAUAAUGAAAUACGAGGCGAUGAUUUUAUCACAUGAAUCAAAUAUUCAAUUUUUACAAGACAUAUAUGACUCAAAUAAUCAAAAAAUCAUUAACCUGAAACAGAAGGUAACCCAGCUGGAAGCCAAGUGCCAGGAACCCUGCAGGGACACGGUACAGAUACAUGACAUUACAGGGAAAGAUUGUCAGGAAAUAGCCAACAAGGGAGCAAAACAGAGCGGACUUUACUUCCUCAAACCUCUGAAAGCAAAGCAGCAGUUCUUGGUCUACUGCGAAAUCGAUGCCUCUGGAAACGGAUGGACUGUGCUGCAGAAGAGACUUGAUGGAAGUGUGGAUUUCAAGAGAAACUGGAUUCAGUAUAAAGAAGGAUUUGGACAUCUUUCUCCUACUGGUACCACAGAAUUCUGGCUGGGAAAUGAAAAGAUUCAUUUGCUAAGCACACAGUCUGCAAUCCCAUAUGUACUAAGAAUACAGCUGGAAGACUGGGAUGGCAGGACCAGCACUGCAGACUAUGCCAUGUUCAAAGUAGGACCAGAGGCUGACAAAUACCGCCUGACAUACGCUUACUUCCUUGGCGGAGAUGCUGGAGAUGCCUUCGAUGGCUUUGAUUUUGGUGAUGAUCCUAGUGACAAGUUCUUUACCUCCCAUAAUGGCAUGCAGUUCAGCACCUGGGACAAUGACAACGAUAAGUUUGAAGGCAACUGUGCUGAACAGGAUGGAUCUGGUUGGUGGAUGAACAAGUGUCACGCUGGCCACCUCAAUGGAAUGUAUUACCAAGGCGGAACUUACUCAAAAGCAUCUACUCCUAAUGGCUAUGAUAAUGGUAUCAUUUGGGCUACAUGGAGAUCCCGCUGGCAUUCCAUGAAGAAGACUACAAUGAAAAUAAUCCCAUUCAACAGACUUUCCAUUGGAGAAGGACAACAGCACCAACUGGGGGGUGCCAAACAGGCUGGAGACAUUUAAGAGACCAUUUUAAAAGUGAUGUGCUUUUUAAAGGACUUUAUACGAACAGAAAUAUAUUUUUCCUAUGGGACAACGGACGUUUCAAAGCAUCAUUUCACUUUGAGUACAAAGAAUACAUGUUGAAGACUCCGCUAACCAUUUUAUGCUGGUGAUAAUUUAUCUACAUGCAUUUGAAUAAAUACUUUGUU